AUGAUAUCGGGUGAAACUGAGGAGAAAGUGCAGAUCAGACUCUAUGAAUGGAAAUCUCAGUUCCAGAAAUGUAACCUCAACAUCAGCAAGACCAAGAGAGUAAAGAUGGCUGUCAACAGAGAUGGGCAACCAGCACGUACAUCCAAAUUAGAUCGAGUUGGCACAUACAGACUUCGAUGGUACGGGCAUGUGAUGAGAAUGGAGCCAACUAGAACAACUAAAUUAAAUUUGAAAAGACAGGUGGAUGGGAAAAGUCCACAAGGAAGACCUCAUUCUCAAUGGAUGGACUUGAUUAAAGCUGAUUUAGUGACCAGAGGAUGGACUGUGGAUGAUGUUCUCUGUGAACAGGUGUAUUUGCACAGGAUGAAGUGGAAGAGGCUCAUUACCAGUACCCAGGAAACUGGAACUGUUAAAUCAUUAUGA